CAUUACCGACGUCUGCGUAGAAGCAAUAGUCUAUGUCUGAAGCAUCAGUAAAACCGUGUCAUCGUUUUAAAUUGAAAUUAUCUCUAAAUGAGCGUGGGAUUUGUGAAUAGUGACAUACAUUUAUAAUCCGCCACAAAUCAUAAUUAUGUGAAAUGGGAUGUUAUUUUAAUAUAACGCACUGAGCAAUGUGAACCGAGAAUAUUAAUUACAUACUCGAACCAAAUGAUCCAGGGAACAUGUCGUUUAUGGAAUAUCAGUAUAUCUGCCUUGGUUUUUCUAACAGUUUACAAUGUAAUGCUAACAGUGAAAUUGAUGUACUCUCAAGAAUGUCCAAAACAUCAGAACCUUAUCGAGAAACCACCAAGAAUUGUUUAUCAGCAAUGCGAUAAACAGAAACUCGACGAACAUCUGUUAAAUCUAGAUCUCAAUUUGGGGAGAUGGGACAACAGACACAAGUACAAAUUGUUCGACAACAUAUUAGUAGGUGAUAAAUACGGAGUUUUGAAUGAGGUCUAUAAAACUUGUUUGGCAACACAAAGCUCUCUUGAAAAACUUCUGUCAAUUACAGAAGUUUCGAAUCACUGGAACGGCCCCAUUUCUUUGGCCAUAUUUGCAGCUAGUUCAGAAGAACUGAAUUCGUUACUACUGUAUAUUACGUAUUUGAGAAGAUGUGACAGCAAGAUCAAAGACAGGGUGAGUUUUCAUUUGGCACUCACAGAGGAGCGCCGACCAAAAAAUUUCAAUAUAGACCUUGAUAAACUCGAGCAGUUCACAUGUGAGAAUCCUAGUGAAGUGUUGCAACACUUGAUGACAGAAUUGAACAGAGGAGGUCAAAACAAAUGGAGGUCAAAAUUACCAUAUCCUCAGAAUCAUCUGAGAAAUUUGGCAAGGAAAAAUUGCCAGACCAAAUAUGUCUUCCUGACAGAUGUCGAUAUUAUUCCUAGUAAGGGUAUGGCAGAGAGUUUGGAUGUAUUUUUAGAUAAUACAGACUGUAAUGGACAAUGCGCAUAUGUAGUACCUACAUUUGAGUUGGACGCAAGAGUUCACUUUCCCCACAAUAAGACUGACUUGAUUCGAUUAGUAGAUAAGGGUCUAGCAAGGCCGUUUCAUCACAAAGUUUUUAUUUAUAAUCAAUAUGCAACAAAUUUCACAAGAUGGCAGAGUAAUGUAAACGAGGGACCUGAUAUUCACAUAAGUCAUCCUGUGACAAAUUUCGAAUUUCUCUAUGAACCUUUUUAUAUUUCACCCGACACAGUACCGGCACAUGAUGAACGUUUUAUUGGGUAUGGAUAUACGAGAAACAGUCAGGUUUACGAAAUGUUCGUCGCGGGCUACGAGUUUUUGGUCCUGUCGCCAAUUUUCACUUGUCACUGGGGAUUGCAGGUUAAGCGGUCUCGACCACCAUGGAGAGAACACCAAAACAAUUUGAACAGAAAGCAGUUUGAUGGUUUCAAAAGGGAAAUCUUUGCAAAAUAUAAUAAAGAUCCUUUAAAUAUGAUGAUUUCUCGAAAAACAUAGCUUCAAAAAUCAACAAAAGUAUACUAUGAUUUGACGAAGAGAAUGAAUCAUAUUAAUGAAGAAAAGGGAAAUGAAACUUUCUAUGUUUUUUACCACUUUUAUUCGCAACUAACUUAUACAAGUAUA